AUGUCCAGAAAAUUCUGGAUUUUUUUGCUUUGUUUAACUGUUGCUACCCUACUGAAGAGCUUUGUGUUUCUCAUCAGCGCUUACCAUGAUCUAUUUCAUCUUACGUUUUUGUUUUUGUUUUUUUCUUCCUUUGCUCUUCUGCAUACUCUAAAGACUGAUUCUUCAAAAAGUCUUUCCCUGUGUAACCUGAUCAUGGAGGAAACUCCAGACAGUGGGUUGGCCGAAGAAAUUCACAGAUCUCAAAUUGAUUUAGGUGCACUUAUGUGGGGCCCUGAUGCUAGUACAGAGAGUGUCAGCCAGGAACUUCCCCAAGGUGGGUCGCAGGAAGACUCUGCAUGUGUCUCUGAAGCAGAGCGAGACGUGGGAUUAUCCACUGGGAUGCUUCCUUCUGCUGACUGGCACACGGUAGCUGAAGAGGGUGAGCAUGUCCUGGGGCCAGCCCCUCUAUGUGGAAGUGAACAGCUGCUCCCGGAGCCCGUGCCGGGGGCUGAAUUUGCCAUGGCUGCUUCUGUGGAGUUGGAGCAGCCUUAUGAUUUACCUGAUUCAGAGAUCCCAGCCAUGGAGACUGGUGGCCUGGUCCAAGAAAGUCAAGAAGCUGUUAAGAAGUCAGAGGAAGAGGAAGACCAACAGAAGAUCCAAGAUUCUAUCUGGGCAGGUGUGGAGACAUGUGAAAAGGUAGACACUGGAGCUGUUGGUAUCAAGGCACUAGAAGGUACAGAGGAAUUUGAAGAGAAAGUGCAUGAAAGUACAGGAAACAGGGUAGUAGAUCUUUGUAAGACAACAGGCAAGCAAGACCGGGAGACCUUAAAAAUCAGUGAAGAGGGAACUAGGAAAGAUCUAAGUGCUGGGUGUGAGGAAAGCCUAAAGACCAGUGAAGAGUGUCUUGAGGAAACUGACAUAUUAGAAAAAGAAAUGGAAAGUGUAGAUAUGAUAGAUGAGUUUAGUGACAGAGACCAAGGGCUGGGUGACAGGAUUCAAGUAGUAAUAAAUAAUUGUAUGGUUACAGGGGGUUCUGGAGCUAGACCUGCCAUUCACACAGGUAUUUUGAAUCUGCCUCUCCAGACUGACUCUGUAUCUAAUACUGAAGAUGCCAGCUCCGAGGGAUGGGGUUUAGCUGGAAAAGACAGAGAGAAAAAUUUGCUAGACCCUCCUGACCACGAUGUAACGUAUCCUUCAGCACAAGGCAGUGCAGACGCUGAAGAGAUUCAGUGGGAGGCUGUGUUACAUGCUCCUGGGGGUGACCAGGAUGAAAAUCAGGCUGUUGUUUUAUCAGUAAAGCAUGAAGCGACAGCUCAGACUAGGACAAAUCUUAGCUGUGCUCUGGGAACUAAUGCAAACAGAAGAGAUUGGUGUUUGUGUCAGGCUGGAGAUCCAUUCAUAGAGGGAGCUGAAAAUACAAUGACUGGGAACUGUAGCCACACCAUUAACUUGCCAAGAAUUGCAAAAACGGACUCUUGGGGGACAGAUCCAGGUCAAAUCUGGCAGCCAAGCUUGGAUUCAGGAGCAACUAAUAUAGAUACAUUGGAAUGCUCUGGUAUACCAGAUAGCCAAGCAAGUGGAUUUGCCAGUUGCCUUGAUUCUAUUAACCACUGGCCUAUCAGGGAUACGAGAGGCUUAGAUAAUUGCUGGGAACAUUUGGAUACAUUUGGGAGCAAGAAAGGGAUGGAGGUGGACUUACUAGGGGAUGUAGGUGGGGAACAAGCCACUGCUAGCUGCUGGGAACAAAACCAAGAGAUAAUUAGACCUUUGGUUCUGGGAGCCUCCCAGAAUGCUAGCAUCGAGUGUCCCCAAGACAGUGACACCAACAACUCAGAUUUGUCUGAAGAUGAAAUUGCUAACCAGAGAUAUGGAUUGUUGUACCAAGAAAUAGAGGCUGAUAAAGAAGAGGUACUUACCCCAGUAUGUAGUAUAGACUAGCCAAAGACUUCUGUAGGUUCUGUUUUUCCUAGUGUUUCUCACCUACUUCAUUAUCCAUCACUAUCUUCUCUAAGGUCUGCCUCAUCUCCUUGA